CCUGCGGGCCAGAAGCCAGGAACCAGCGGCGGCCUACAGGCCUCCAGGCUUCGCGGCCUCCUGGUUUUCCCGCCCAGACAGGGGUCCGCGCACUGUAGGCCAAGUGCUUGGCGCACCCGGUGGACGCUCGAAGCGUCACCCACCUCCGGCCCCCUUCUCUCCUCCAAAGACCUCCCCGCCAGGAACGCUGAAUUUGCACCCUCUCGGCCUCGCGGAGUUCGGACUUCCGUCAUCUUCAUCCCACUGCAUGUGGCUCUUGGAGAAAGCCGGCUACAGGCCGGGGCCCCCGGAGUCCGGGCCCCGAUGGGCACCGUCCAACCUGCUCCCUAAGCGCCGAGGAGCCCGGAGCCCGUCCGCGCGCGCCUGUCCCAACGUCCUCACCCCCGACCGCAUCCCGCAGUUCUGCAUCCCGCCUCGGCUCCCGGACCCCGGCGGCUCCCAGCCCCCUGCCGGCCGCGGCCUCCCCGCGGCCUGUUCGCUGCCGCACCUGGCGGGCCGCGAAGGCUGGCCCUUCCUGCCCGAGAGCCCGCACACGCGCCGGCGCGAGUCCCUGUUCCACCAGCCGUCCCCCAGCGCUCCCGCCCCCGGGGGGCUGUCCCCGGCGCACGCCCGGCUGCACGUCUCCGCCCCGGACCUCCGCCUCUGCCGGGCCCCCGACAGCGACACGGCCUCGUCGCCCGAGUCGUCGCCCUUCAGCUCGCCGCGGCCCGGCCCCGGGCGCCCCCGGGCGCCCCGGGCCUCCCCGGACGAGGCGGGCGCGGCCCACAGCAGCCCACAGGCACCGCGCCGCGCCGGGCCGCCGCUCUUCCACCCGGACUUCCCGUGUUGCCGGCUGCGGCCCACCAAGGAGAGCGCGCUGCGCCUGGCGCCCCGCGGCGGCCUGCUGCGGCUCUGCGCCGAGUACCCGGCCGGGCCCGGGCGCCUGCGCCUGCGCCUGGUGAGCGCCGAGGGCCUGCCGCGGCCACGGACCGGGCCCGGGAGCGGCGGCGGCGGCUGCUGCGUGGUGCUGCGGCUGCGGCCGCGCGUGCGGCCGCGGGGCCAGCGGAGCCGCGUGGUCAAGUGCAGCGCCAACCCCAUCUUCAACGAGGACUUCUUCUUCGACGGGCUGGGCCCGCCGGACCUGGCGGCCCGCAGUCUGAGGGCCAAGGUCCUGGACCGGGGCGCUGGCCUCCGCAGAGAUGUACUGCUGGGGGAGUGCGAGACGCCUCUUAUUGCCCUGCUGCCCCCCUUGGGUGGGGAGCUGAGUCCGGGGGCCUCCCCGGCGCCCACCCAUCUCAGUCUGUAGACUGAGAACCUGUCUUUUCCUCAGGAGGCCUCCUCUAGGUCUGCAGUAUUCAUUCGUUUCAGUCG